AUGGUCGCUAAUCGUUGGAGAAACCAAGAAGAGCUCUUCAUUGACCGAAGUCCGACUCAUUUCGCAAAAGUACUGGAUUACCUCAGAGACGGUGCAAGUUUUGCUCUUCCUAAAGACGAUGAUGCUCGGCAAGCUCUUCGUAAAGAAGCUGAGUUUUACAACAUUCCCGACCUUGCCAAGAUGUGCUGCUAUGAGUUCAAAGUCUUAGAUAAAGUGCAGUGGAAGGACAACAAUGUUAUUGAGGCAUAUUGGAAAUUUCUUGUCAGACAUCUGUUCAAUCCAUCAGAUAAGAAGACGUGUAUGGCUUGUAUGUGCACUGUGAACGGAUAUGUGGGUCCCACCACAACUGCGUCUUACAGUAUGGGGCGUUCUGUGUCGCCUUCAGAUUAUGAUAACUGGGUGCUCCUGAAGCACCAUACGCGAACCAUGAAAGGGAUCGUGGCACAGGUGUUUGAGCAGUGCUGCCGUGUGAAGUAUAGCUCUGCGCUCGAGCUACAUCUUCCGAAAUCUGCAUUGCGUUUAUCGAGAUAA